AUGCAAAUUUAUUUUUAUAAACUCUCCUCAAGUGAGAGUGUUUUUUUCCUCAUUUUACUUUCACUUUCUACUCCUAUACUGAUUUUAAACACACAUCAUUCCAUUAAUAUUAAUAUCCAAUAAAAUAACAGUCCAAUUAAACAUCUCGUUAAACCAUUUUCUUUUGAACUCCCCCAAUCCGAAUAAUUUAAUCCCCUACUUUUAGACAAUCUUAAUUAGAAUUACAUUUACACCCACCUCCAAUUCCUCGUAUCUCUCUAUUCUUUAGGCAUAUGGUUUAAUCUGGGCAAAUUCUCAAGAACUUUGCUCAAUCUACUUUCACUUCAAAUACAAUGAGAAAUAUUCAAUUUCUAUAUUUCAAGAAAAUAGUAGAGAAGGGUCAAUUUCAUUAAGAAUUUCUAAACUCAAUUAAAAAUGGGUAGAAGUAGAAAUUAAGGAAAUAAUACAAGUCUUCAGAAACUAACAGGAAUUAUUAGUGAAGCUUAAAGAAAUCAAAAUAAUAUUUGGAUAAGGAAUCUGCUAUUACAGGGAGCUCUAAUUUUCAACAAAGGCCAAAAAGGUGAAGGAACAAGCUGUCAAAAUAGAAUAUCCAAAUGACAUGAUUAUAAUAAAUGUUGUCUCUCAAAAUGAGAAUUACUCAAACAUUUUGAUAAUAUACAAGUUGAAAAAUAAAAGAUUGAUAUCACUAAUCCAGAGGACUUGAGCAUUAUGCUAUAAUAAUUGUAAUUGCAAUAAACACAAAGUAAUAAUCUAUGAAGAAACACCAAAUAAAGCCUUAUGAUAUAAUAACAAAAUGGGAACACUAUGUAAUCUAU